UUGACCUUAAAAAUUAGAUGGAAUUUAGACGAGUGAUAAUAUCGAAAAUAAAAUUCGUCGCGGUCUACGUAUCAAACAUCCAGGUCACGACAAUCGGAGAACUUAUGAUCUAUACUGAUACUCGCCGUUUGAUCCGCGAAUCAAUUAAUUAAUUUAAUCAGUCGAGCACACAGGGAAUUGGUCUUCCUUGACCUUCAUUCUUCACACGUGCACUCCACACGAUAAACCGCCUCCCUGACGUUUUCGCGCAAUCGUAGACAUUCAGCACGUGCGCGUCCCCCUCUCUCGCACUCGUCCGCUCGUCCGCCACUCUGGCGACUCUGGUGCGAGCGCUACGAGCUCGUCUCUCGGUCCUGACGGUCCCGACCCGAUAUCGCUCGUCCGCGAUACCGGUUUAACGCAUGCCACUGUGGAAGCAUUACAGAGCGUGGCGUCGAGUCCAUGAAAGUGGGCGGCGUAUCAGACGAAACCGAAAUCGUCGAAGAUGUUGCGAUCACACCACAUGAUCACCGUUAUGUUACCAUGUUUAGUUCGUACCGUUUUCGCGGACAAUUGCUCCAUUUCGUCGUACCAAUGUGGCACACACUUCACGUGCCCGAACAUCUUUGAACGUAACAAUAUUUGUCCGUUCAGCAGAAUGCCAGAACAACUGAAGGAGAUCAAAGGCAAGCUUGCCACUUUCGGCAUGGGCUGCUUCUGGGCGGGAGAUUCUCUCUUUGGAGUACUGCCUGGUGUCAUCAGAACCUGUGUCGGCUACGCUGGUGGGACCAAGGAGUCUCCGACAUACAAGAACAUGGGGGACCAUACUGAGGUCAUUAACAUAGAAUAUGAUCCAGAAGUAGUAUCUUAUACAUAUCUACUGAGCUUGUUUUGGAACAAUCAUGAAUAUAGUCUAACAAAGAAGAUUAAAAGACAGUACAUGUCGCUGAUCUUAUAUCACGAUGAAGAACAAAAAUUACAAGCUGAAAAAUCUCGCGAGCAGGAACAGUGGAAGCGUGGGGAAAUCUUUGUCACAGAAAUUCAAAAGUUUUCAAAGUUUUAUCCAGCCGAAGAUUACCAUCAAAAAUAUCGACUGCAGAAUCAUCCAUGGCUGGUUGAAACAUUGGACUUCAACACACCAGAAAUUUUGUGUGCGUCUCCACUGGCAGCCAAGUUGAAUGGUUACAUAGCAGGAGCUGGUACCCUGGAACAAUUUGAAAGAGAGUUACCGAACUUAGGAUUAAAUGAGAAGUCGGUACAAUAUUUAACGAAAUAUAUUAUUGAAAAUCAAGGCAGUGGUUUGUACUGCUAGCAAAUCUAGUACAAUGGGAAAAAAUGCAAAUAAUAUUUUCUACGCUAUAAUAAAUGUAGGCUAGACAUUCUCGAAUUCCUCGUAAGAAGAAUAUGCACAGCCCGAUAUACAAACAUACUAUAUUAUAUUAUAUGUACAUACUAUAUAUGUACACUGAAUAUCACAAAUGCCUUAAAUAUUUAUG